GCCCCCGCGCCGCCCGCACGCAACAGUUCCCCCAAAGUUGCAGUCCAGGAGGCGGGCGCGCUGGGGCAGUCGAGGGGCGGGCAAUCGGCUGGGGACGCGGCCUCGCGGCCCAGCGUGAACAGUCCGGGCGAACGGCGGCGGCGGCAUGGGUACCCGGCAGACCAAGGGCAGCCUGGCGGAGAGAGCCAGCCCCGGCGCGGCUCCCGGUCCCCGUCGGGAACGGCCCGACUUCUGGGCGUCGCUGCUGCUGCGCGCCGGGGACAAGGCGGGGCGCGCCGGCGCUGGGCUGCCCCCCUACCACCGGCGCGUCGGCAUGGUCCAGGAGCUACUGCGGAUGGUGCGCCAGGGACGGCGGGAGGAGGCGGGGACGCUGCUGCAGCACCUGCGCCAGGAUCUGGGCAUGGAGUCAACCUCACUGGAUGAUGUUCUGUAUCGCUAUGCCAGCUUCCGGAACCUGGUGGACCCCAUCACACAUGACCUUAUCAUCAGCCUCGCCCGCUACAUCCACUGUCCCAAGCCGGAAGGAGACUCAUUGGGCGCUAUGGAGAAGCUAUGCCGACAGCUGACCUAUCACCUUAGCCCCCACUCUGAGUGGAGGCGGCACCGGGGGUUGGUAAAGAGGAAGCCACAGGCCUGCCUUAAGGCUGUCCUGGCUGGGAACCCCCCAGACAACACAGUGGACCUGUCUGGCAUUCCACUGACCUCCCGUGACCUGGAACGAGUGACCAACUACCUGCAGCGCUGUGGGGAGCAAGUGGACAGUGUGGAGCUGGGCUUCACAGGCCUCACAGAUGACAUGGUCCUGCAGCUGCUGCCAGCACUCAGCACCCUGCCACGCCUCACUACACUAGCCCUGAACGGCAAUCGGCUGACCCGGGCUUUGCUGCGGGACCUUACUGACACCCUGAAGGACCCCAGCAAGUUCCCCAAUGUCACGUGGAUAGAUCUGGGCAACAACGUGGACAUCUUCUCUUUGCCCCAGCCCUUCCUGCUCAGCCUACGCAAGCGCUCUCCAAAACAGGGCCACCUACCCACCAUCCUAGAACUGGGUGAAGGCCCAGGUAGUGGGGAGGAGACCAGGGAAGAGAUAGUGGGCCAGGAGGACCCUGGAGGGGACCCUGUGUCGCUUGCCAAAGACCACCAUGAAGGCAAAGAUGUUGUGACUCAGACAUGACAUGGAAGUGGUAAGCCUCACCAGGGAGUCCUUGUGGAGCAGGAUGGCUGAGACAAGUUAGGGGCUCCUCCCAUCAGGAGGCUCAAGCUACAGCAGCCUCUCCAGACAGAAGAGCAGACCCUAGCACCUGGGAAAGGGGGAUCAAUGCACUAUUUCCCUCUGGUCCUUUGAAUCUCUUAUAAAUCCCAGCAUCUGCCUUCUGGCUCCCAAGAACUUAUCCACCCCGGCUCAAGGUUCAUUACCCUUCAGCUCAUCCCUUGGCCUCAGAUUUGGAAUAAGCAUAUGGCUUGGAGAUGGAAGCUUUGAGCCAACAGCUUUCCCCAAAAUAGCAGACAGGCCCCUGCCACCCAGGAUUUCCCAGUUCUGCAUUAACCUUGUCCUAGAGAGGAGCAAAUUCUAUCCAGGCGUUAAAUGUCCAGCUGAGGUUGAAGCCUAGUUCUUACCUAUGCUAAGCAUGGAUUGAAGGAAGGUUCUUUUCUUGCUGGGCCUCAGACCCAAGUUUCAGCCUCCAUGACUCCAGGGACCUGCUAAAACUAGCUCUUACAGCUUAAGAUAUUUAGAGCAUACUGCAGUGACAAGUGCCUGUGCACAGGCAUGCAUGGGAAAAGCUACCAGAUAUCCUGGUUCUUAGCAGGGUGACACACACCUGUAAUCCCAGCUACUUAAGAGGCUGAGCAAUUAGACUUGAGAGCCUGGCCAAAAAGGGUGUUGCUCAGUAGCAGUUACUUGUCUACCACUUGAGACUCGCUUCAACCUCCUAAUCUGUGAAGACAUUCUUGGGACCAUGAAGCUGAAACUAUGGCAGUUACCAAGAGAGCUGUUAUAAAUACCUAGAAGCCUCCUCAAACAAGGUUGUCCACUUCCCCUGUACUCCUGGCCAAAAGGCCCUACCAGUUUAAAAAAAAAAAAAAAAAAGGUUUUAAACAGAAGUAACCCCUAGACCCACAUUCAGAGAGACUGGGAGC